CCAGUUUCAAGUGCCAUCAUGGCGUCUUUUAUCAAGCGAGUAUUCUUCAUCCCUGUUGUGCUGUCUCUGAUGCGCCUUACCAUCAGCAAGCAUGUUGCUGAUAAGGACAAGAUAGACUGCUACCCUGAAAAAGGAAACCAGACUGUUUGCGAGUCUCGCGGAUGCACGUGGGAAAACUCAGACGCUGAGGUGAUGAAUUUCGAAUGAAUUGUUAAUUUUUCCCAUCCCGACAAUUCAUUUGCAAGAGAAAAUUACUGUUAUUUUCGUUCAUCCAGCAAAACGUUGACUUGGUUCGUAAUUUAGUGAGUCAAUUAAUAAUAAUUAGUCGUGUUUCGGUCCGACCCCGAAGCAUCUCCUCCGAACUCUAUCACCGCACGCAAGAAAAUUACUCCUGAAACCUCCGGGGGGUACUCAACAAAAUGUUAAUAGGGGAGGGUUCUCCCCGAGGUCCAACCCCUUACCCUUUUAUAUACUAUUUUUCACGAACAAGGUACCCCUUUCGUAUACCGGCUUCUAUUGAAAAAUGGUACCCCUUUCACAUACCUUGUUUAGAACUUUGCAUCCCUUUUAACUGCUGUAUAUGCACUGUCUUUUAAAUAGGAAUCAAUCAUGAAAACAGAACGUUUUCUCCACUUUAUAAAGCCAUAAAAUCCAUCUGUUAGCCCUUUUGGGCCCUUUCACAACCCAAAUCACAGAUUUCCCUACCUUUUUAUACACCUGAGGCCUGAAAAAGAUGCCCAUUUCGGCCGGAGCCUUGCCGUAUAGGCCAUCAUAGGAAGUACCCACCCCCCGGGCUGAUACCUAGCUUAGAGAAUGUGGAAAUUCUUUCUUUAAAAGUUCGUAUUGCUUGCUUCUACCGUGAUGAAAACUCGUCAAGACCGAAUCAAACAAACUACAGAAGCCCACCCUCAUUACUUGACAAAUAUAUAAAAGACAGCUCCUGGAUUUUACUUACGACAAGUCAAUGUAAACGAUCGCUUUGUUGGAGGACAUUUUACUGUAUACAGAUAGUAGGACAUUUAUUACACAAAAUUUGAGACAGUGCUAUCCUGUGUCGUACCUUUCCAAAAUACUAAAGUUAAUGUUCCCAAUCAACGCACUGUAUCUUAACCUCUCGUAAGCUACUACGCCCACUCUUUUUGAAAAAAAUAAUCCAACAUUGUUUUUUAAAGCAUCCGUAACCAAUUACGUGACAAAUAGAAUAAUCUCCUUAUCUCCUUUUGUUGCAAAAUGGAUAAAGCGAAGUCGCACAAGCCUUGAUAAAUAAUGAAGGACGAGUCUGAUAACAACAUUACAACAUCUGAUUUGUAUACGAGGGGGAAUUUUUUUAUCAACAUGUCUCGUGUUAUGACUCAAAAAUGGUGCACACCGAUUUUCUUAGAAUAUUAACCUAACUGUCUGUCCUGUUUCCGGUAGACCGGUAUAUGUGCUCCGUCUCUGGUUUGCCAACACCAGCUUUUGGCCUUUGGGUUUCGCUUACUAGAGACUUGACUGUAAUUCCGAACAGGAAAACGAAUCCUUCUUGAGCAAAGCACCUGCAAAGGGUUAGUCACACGAAAACAAAGCAACCUAUGCUGUGCGGCUUACAGGCAUACUCAAGGUUGAGCCACUCAAACUAGAGAAAAAUCCAUUGGUGACAAGAAAGAACAUCCCUCCACACAGUGUCAAUAACCGAAUAAUUUUCUUAGUUACAGGGCUGGUUCUUCAGAGAGGGUAACUUUAUUUUUUCUCUGCCUGAAAGAUUAGCGGGUACUUGCAACCUGCAUUUAUUGUCAUGCCUUCUAGAGGGUUCUAACUCCGAAAAAAAUGCGGUCUUAUCUCCAGAGGAGAAUAUUUUAUAGAAAUGUAUGGUUGAUAGAGAAGGGAAGGACCUCACGGAAAGCACGUUACUUGAAUAAGCAGGUUGAGUGCUGAUAUUUUCCCUCAUUCCCCUCUCGGAUAUUGUCGGAUUGAAAAUGCGAGUUUAUUAAGAGCGACAAAGUCCUAUGCGUGAUCCUGGGGGCAAAAGCAUUUUCCAGUGAAGUGGGAUAAUGAAUGUUGUGAUGACUUUAUCUGCAGGGCGUUCCUUCAUGCUUCUUUCCGGAAUCUUACAGUGGUGGCUACAAAAUUGAAGGAGAAGUGAUAAACACAAACCUAGGUUACCAAGCUGCCCUCAAACGCCGCUCAGCUGUUACAACCAUAUAUGGGCAGGACAUCAAUGACGUCAUUCUUGACGUUGAGUUUCAAACAAACGAUCGAGUGAGAUUUAAGGUAGCCGUAGAACUUUAUUAAAAUCCACUGCCUUUAAUGGUGUUGAUGUUAUUAUCCUUCAAGUGGCUGGAAAACUAGGCGCGGCCUUCGCUACUUUGCACAUUUUGUUAUUUGCCAUCUUACUGCUGCUUUAUCGUCCCCUGGCGAAUUUAUUACCUAGCCUACAUCGUUAUUUGCUACGCGUAUAGCGUCCUCUGAUAUACCCUAUCAAUGUAACUGCCUCCAUGUUUCUCAGCUCAAACUCUUCAUACUUAAAUUAUAUACUCUGUUUAAACUUCCAGCAAAUUCUAUUUUCCGAGUAGUGAACACAUCGAUCUGUUCAUUGAACAUAAUUAAAGGUUUUCUUUUAAUGAAAGUCCUGUAUUUAGAAACCCCUACAAACAACAAGCUCCGGUGAAAAGAUAAUGUUAUAUGAAAUGUUUUGUUUUAGCUUUAUGACUCAAGAGAGAAGAGGUAUGAAGUACCAGUUCCGAUGCCAUCUGCGACAUCGAAAGCUUCGAACCCAAAGUACAAAGUUGAGUUCAAGCCUGAUCCCUUCUCCCUGAAAAUAGUGCGGAAAGAAAACGGUGCUAUAUUGUAAGUAAGCCACGUUUGUCCACUAAUGAAGGAUUGGCCUGAUCAGCUCUUUUUUUCAGUUGUAUUACUUUAAUUGCUGGCAUUGCGUACAACUUCCUUAGUUUCUAUCCGAACCCCCUCCCCUCCACCACCCCCAGGUGUUUUAGACAUUGCCUGUCUGCUAGCGUUUAUUUCAGGCAGAAUCAGUACUUUCUUUUAUCAGAUAAUAUCCAUAAGAGAAACAAGAAAUUUUGUCGGGCUUUCAUUUCGUUUCUAGAGCAAUCGCCUUUCCCUGGAUAAUAAGAUGAAGUGAGUUAUUUCAUUCGACAGUUGUGUAACCAAAAUGCUAUCCGGAAGCAAGUGUUCUGGCCAAUUGUUUCGUUCCUUAUCCUCGUCCUCCUUGCUCCUUUGCUCGCCGGAGCGACGCCGGGGCGCAAAGUGUCUUGGAAAGGAUGUUAGCUAGUCCCUAGGCCUCAUUAUUCCGCGCGGCCUAUGCGUUUCGGUUCACUUGGUCCGAACGAGUUUUUUUCUCUUGUUCGUUUGUCUAGGCUACGUCACCGAAAUGCGUUGAACGAGAAGGCCUGGUAAAACGCCGUACAGGGACUAGGCAAGGAAGGAGGUAGUCUGCAUAACAGACGCUCUAUGAGCCAAGCCAGGCGAACGCGGCAUUACGCGCGAAAUGCCUCGCUUUGCUCAUAGAGCGCCCGUUCUGCAUUCUAGGAAAAAGGCGCUGUUCCCUUUCUUUCCAUGGCGCACUGCGUUUUUUGUUUUUCCACGGGAAAAUGGACUUAUUCUGAAGCAGAAGGCGCAGAUUAUUCAGUAACCAAUCAGAUCUCAAUUCAAGACGUUAAGCGCACGGGAAAUGUGCCGGAGUCAUCUUCAGUUGGUUUUUCUUGUGACUGCAUAGGUGAGAAAAUGGCGCGAGAUAGUCCAGCCAACCAUAAACCAAAACUCCUCUUAAUUAUAUUACUUCAUCUAUAGAUGGGACUCCUCUGUUGGCGUGUUGAUAUUCGAAGAUCAGUUCAUCCAAAUCUCGACCCAGCCUCCCUCAUCAUAUGUGUACGGGUUUGGUGAACAGGAGCACGAGUCAUUUAAGCGCAACCUCUCAGCUUGGGAAGUACUUCCUAUUUUCACCAGAGACCAGUUUCCAUUUGUAAGUGCAGUAAAAUUGCUUGUAACUAAAAGCAACUUCUCGUCAAGAGGUUCGCUCCAUAUUUUUCCCUUACAUUAAUUGAAUUAAUUUUAGUACUUGAAUUAAUUUAUUAAUUACAGGAUGAAACCUCUAUUAACCCUUUAUUAGUUGGAAACCAGCCAGAGCAAGCUCUAUAUUUAAUUACCACGAACCUGUAUUAAGCGGGCACCACGGAUGGUCCGCUAUUGGCUACCCCUUCAUACAGGUUCCAGUGUAUUUUAAAAUCUAUUUUUCAGUUUAAGUUUGUGUCUCUAUUUCUCCAUCUUGCAAUCUGUCUUCAGCCAGUGUAACUGUUUCAUCCAGACAAUUUGUUAAAAUAGCCUAAUUUUCAUUCUGUUUCUCUCUCUUUUUCCUACUCGGCGCCAACCACGGAUCCGUCGCUCUUGGGGCUAUAAGAAAGUGACAAAAAACCAAAAACACAAAAUUACUGAAAUAUACAUUGUAGGUGUUCCUUUCUAGAUUACUAUAUAAAAUUUAUCUUACCUCUACAGGCUGGAGGGAACUUGUACGGACAUCAUCCUUUUUAUACAUGUAUGGAGAAUGACGGAAAAGCGCAUGGAGUUCUACUUUUGAACAGUAACGCUAUGGGUAAGUGCAACAACAAAGCUUCCCCAGUAAAUAAAAUGAAGGCGCCACGAAAAUUGUGAUGUUCGAUAUGUCAAUGACAUAAUUUCGAAUAACAAAAAAUCAGGGGCACUCAACGAGGAUAUAGUUCAAAACCACUUAUAAUUAAACAUAGCAUUGUUGAACGUAUUUUAGUAUUUAAACGGUAGAUAUAGUCAUAUUUUUAUCCCCUAAAAAUUUUUCAUCUGUUCGCAUUUCCUAGCUGAAAGUCUAGUGAUCCGAAAAUUAUGGCAUCAAAACUUACCUUUUCGAAAACUCAGCCAGAAAAAGGCUCCCGAAAAUUCCAGGUGACCUUUUUAAAGUAAAAAUCCGUUAAAAAUGGGAAAUUAUAGAUGCCCCUGAAAAAAUGUCAGUGGGUAACAGUGCACUGUUACCUCGGCUCUGACGUAAUUGCCCGCCGCUCAGAUUCGCUAGGCGACGUUUGGCGGGAAACAGUUUUACAUAUGUCAAAUGACUACAAGAGCGCGCUGCUGGGGAAAAUAUAACUCCAGUUAUAUAACAAGAAGGAUUGACUCUAGUCGUCAUGUUAAACAAGUUGGCUGUCUUGUUUUACUCCUUGUAGAUGUUGCCUUGCAACCUAAGCCAGCCAUAACAUACCGUACAAUUGGCGGGAUUCUUGAUUUUUACGUUUUCCUUGGACCUAACCCUGAAGAUGUCGUGAAACAGUAUACAGAGGUAUAAAAAUAUUUCAGUAACUUAAUCGUUGUCAUCAGAGCGCUUGGACAGUUCAAAAAUAGUUUUUUGCUUCAAUUCUUUGUUGCUUAUUGGCGUUGUCAAUGUUGACGGUUAACUGAUGUCUACGAACAUUCUGCUAAGUAAAACCAAUUCUCAAAACCAUCAUUUCGCUGUAAAUCAGUGAUGUAGUUUGCAAGUUUUAUUGAGUAUAGAAUUCGGUCUGUCACUUCGUAGUUUCUCCUAGGUUUCUCCUUUUUUCCUUCUUCUCUUACAACAAUCAUUCAGGUGAAGGUUUCUUGCGUCUAACCUUAUCAAGUAGCCUUUUCCGGACAGAACACCACAUCACUGUACAUGAGAUUUAUAGUUUCUUCUUGGAGUUUUGAUGCUAUGAUGGAAUGUAAUAACAACGUUUCACACUCCUAUUAUUUCUACUGUAUUGGUAUAAUCGUUGUUGCAAGAGUCAGGAUAGUUUCAAACCACAAAAAAUCGACGACAUGUUACUUUCACUCCACAUUUUUUUCAGGCUAUAGGCCGCACGUUUUUGCCACCAUAUUGGUCUCUCGGAUUCCAGUUGUCCCGCUGGGGCUAUAACAACAUUGAGACCGUGAAGGGGCUAGUAGCGAACAUGAGCAAACACAACUUACCACAGGUAUGAAGCCAACGUUUUCUUUUCCUUUCCACCACAGAGUUUCUAUUAAUUGCACCUUGUACCACUCUAGCUCUUCCUGUGAAUGCGUCCUGCCGGAAGGGUACUCUCUAGACGCGGAUGCUCCGCCUGAAACGAGAGGCGUAUUUUUUUCAGGCUUCAGGUUUAUGAAAGGGUAGAGAUUUUAGUAGUUGAAGUAUAUGAAAAGAUAGGGAAAUCUAUCAAUUCGGUCUGUAAAAGGACCUAAAAUUUAUGCCCGUGAAAAGGACAACAUCACUUCCGGUUUAGUGAUUUGUCAAUACGGUAAUUUAAAAAACCUGUAAUUACCUUUUGUUUCGAUUUUGGGAUGUUGAAAACCAAAUGCUCUCACAAACUCCUAAAUAUAUAUUUAUGGUGAUUCUCCCUCAAUCUGAUAAUUUUUUUUUCUGCCAUUUUCAGGAUGUGCAGUUUGGUGACAUUGACUAUAUGAUUAGAAUGAAAGACUUCACUUAUGAUCCUGUUAACUUCAAAGGACUACCUGACUUUGUUCGCUCAAUAAGGAAGGAUGGCUUACGUUACAUAAUAAUCCUGGUUAGUAUAAUAUUUUCUCUUUCCAUUGAGAAUAAUGUACAAGAAAUUUACUUCAUCUUUUUGCUUUCUCGUUUUAUUUUCUGAAGCCCAGAACGAAACAAACUCAAAAGUUUCGCAACGUCAUCUAAACUGUUCCAUGAUAAGCAAACGGACAUCCUUUGUGUGCUGCAAUAACGUUAUAUAUGUAUCUUUUUGUAUUCACGGGGCAGCUAUCAUAAAAACUUCGGGAUAAAGGCGAAAUAAUGAUUAAAAGCAAGCUGUUAUACUGAGAAAAGCAUAAAAAGGAAAACAACUGACGAGGAUAGGCUAGCGUCGUAUCUGUCGACUGUGGUUUUGGGAUAUGACCUAAAAUGUAUGUAAGUGUAAUGCAAUAAGCGUUUUAGCCAGGUAAAAAAAAGAAUUCUCUCUGUUUAGUACACUAGAAAGACCAUACUACUGCCAUUUUACCAUUAUCUUUCUUUUUCACCAAGGAUCCCGCUAUUGGAGCAAAUGAUACUGGCUAUCGCCCAUAUGACUGGGGAAAUGAGUUAAAUGUGUUUAUUAAGGAUGGCGACACGGGAGGCAACCUUUUUGGAAAGGUAAUAUCACACCGGUUAUCUUAAAAUUUCUUUGGGUAUGAAUUGGACAAAGUAGCAGAAAUAGCGUUAUAAAUAUAUAUAAAUACAUUUUAAUGUAUUGAUGUCCGUCACAAAAUGAUCAGCUUCUUCUUACUUAGUUUGGAUUUUACUUUGUUGGAAAGCUAUUCAUUAUUCACGUGCGGUCACAGUUCUUGUACUGACUUCUGAGAAUAAUCCAACCGAGCUCAAUAAUUGUUUUCCUCUCAUUCUAACAAAACUAAAUAGAUCAUCCGUUUCAAUUACACGUAACUUACGCUAGUAUUGGGUUAGGUUUAAUUAAGAUCGUUUAUAGUGUAUUGUGAUCUGUUUUAGGUGUGGCCAACAUAUGAAAAUGUUAAAAUCAACGAAAGUUUGCCAUGGGACGAAAAAACAAGGGUUAGUGAUUAUUAGUAAAUUAAUAACUAUUUAAAGAUAACACAUCAAUGUUCCUUCGUCCUUCUGAUUCCUGGUCAAACUGGAAUGAAAUGUUGGUUUUUGAGAAGAGAGGAAAACCGGAGUACACGGAGAAAAACAUCCCGGGACAAAAGGAGAAAACGAACAACAAACACUGGAAUUCAUCAAGUUAAAAUGAAUACGUUUAAGUUCUUAUGAAAUACACUCACUUUAUUUCUCGCCUCUUCUUAUUUUAGGCGUUUAGUCUGUAGGCAGUUAUUUACUAUGGAACUCAGCACUGCUGAGCUCAGGAUGGUCAUCACUGCAAUUGAAGUCCAAAAUGUUGUAACACGCCCUGGUAACAUUAGUCAAGAACACCCGCCCUGAGUGAACCCAAAGCCCAUUAAAUAAUUGUUAUCACUAGUAUAGUCGUAUCAGUGUAAUAAUCACUUGGAAGAGUUUUCCGGCCCCAUCUAACAUAAGUUCCUUUGACAUCCUGUACAACAUGUGAAUUGUCUGCCUUGCUUUGUCAUGGUCAGCUUUUGUCGUGUGACGUGGAGUAACUCGAUAAAGUAACAUAUUUCACCCAUUUUUUAUAUUUUUUAUUUCUUUUUCUAGCUAUAUCGUCAGUAUGCUACAUUUCUAGACUUUUUCCACCCAAACAUCAGCACCUAUUGGGGUGAUCUUAUUCAAGACUUCUACAAAACAAUCGAGUUUGAUGGCCUGUGGAUUGUAAGUGCAACGCUUAAUUGUUUUUUGGUCUCCUGGUCGAUCUUACGAAACCUGGGCCGAAUUGUUCAAAAAGCUGGCGAAAGAUAACCCAGGGCUACUGCGAAAUUUGAAUUCAGAUAUGAGAGCUUAAGAGGAAAGUUCCACUAUAAGAGGGUACUCAAGGGAAAAAAGACAGCGAAAAUUAGCCGAGAAAAUGCUUUUGAAUAAAGCAAAAAAGAAAUCGGGAUAUAAAUUCCUUUUUAACACCGGGUUAUAUUUUUAGCGCUAAUCGGCCUUCCAACAACUGAGCCUUUUCAACCUGCUUCUAUUUGCGUUUAGAAUCAUGGCAAUUUUAUCUAUUGCUAAAUGGCCUCACGGAUUAGUUGCCCUAAAACACUAAACUAAGCUCCUUUUUCGAAGGACAUGAACGAGCCAGCCAACUUUGUGAAGGGAAAAGUAAACGGCUGUAGUAAAAACAAGUGGGACUAUCCUCCUUAUAAACCAAGUGAGUAUUGAUGCUUUCAUGCGCGUAAUCGAACACUUAGGUAAAAUCAACAACUAGAGCUAAAACUUAGAAAGCUUUUUUUGAGCCUUAUCUUGCUUCAGUGCGCCCCUACUUACCUAACUACCCUAUCUACCUACCUAACCUACCCACCUUCCUACCUAUCUAGUACCUACUCACCCACCCACCUUAUUCUACCUUACUUGCUUAGACCGUUUACAUGUAACUUCGCCAAAUGCAUGGGCAUCUAGUUGUCAUCCUCGAAGCCCGUCUAUAGCAUAAAGACGAACACGAGAAGAAUAUUGUGUCAAAAAGGCCGGGAGUUUCUUUUGCAGUUUGUCUGGAAGGGCGCAGGUGUUACCAUAACAGAGCGUGCCAAAAUUAACAUCAUACAUCAUGUGUUCUUCUUCACGUUAGACAGUAAAGGUCAACGUUUGCCCGCGUUUUACUCAGAUGGGUAACACAUCUCUCUUUUUUGCAUCUAUUCAGGAAUCAUUGGAAACAUCAUGGCGGAGAAGACUGUUUGUAUGAACGCGCUGCAGACAGAUAAUUUACAUUAUAAUGUGCACAGCCUGUAUGGCUGGAGUCAGUCACGAGUUACACUUGAGUAAGUUUCUAGUGUAGCUUGAUGUUCUGUGGUCGAUUUUAUUUUACGUGUAACUUGUUCUAUGAGUCGAUGUAUUGUUAGGAUAGUUUCGCUGUCGGUGAUAAGCAGACCUACUACAGAUUGUAUUAGGCUUUAUCUUUCAUGUUACAAGUUGAACAAAAAGUUUUUUACUGUGUUUUAGUAUAUUUGACCAUAUUGACCAUACAGCAAAGAGCUGGACCCUCUGUAUCUGAAAUAUUUCCUCAAUUAAAUGUUUUUCAAGGCACUCUUACUUUAGAAUGUAUAGUUAGCGGAGGAUAUACUGGAGUGUUGCCCUUUUUAAGCAUACCUAGUAACCAGGCCUGAAAUAUGUGACAAAAAGGACCCAGUUGGGGUUAGAAAGCGAGGAAACAGUGAUGAAGGAUUUUUUUACCAUCCAAUUUUCUGGCAACUAAUUGAGUGCCAACACUGUUGUUUUAGAGCGGCCAGGAAAAGUACCAGAAAACGCAGUCUUGUGAUUUCAAGGUCAACUUUUCCCAGCAGUGGAAAAUAUGCAGGGCACUGGCUCGGAGAUAACAAUGCCUCAUGGGAUCAGCUAUAUGCGUCAAUCAUCGGUGAGUGACAUAGUGUCAUGUAUGUAGUGCUGCAAAGUUUUACUUUCUAAACUUGCCUGACUCUUGCCUCUGGUUCUAAUUCAACCAUUUUUUCCAUUUUGUAGGGAUGCUUGAAUUCAAUCUCUUUGGAAUUCCCUACGUAAGUAAGACACUUGAAAGCCCUUUUCUGCACCUGUUUUUAUUGAUGAUAGCCGCGAGCACAAGGGAGCCUGCUGACUCUAAUCUAUGAUUGCAUGUUAAAAGGAAACAUUCGAUCGUGCUUCAUUGGCUAUGAGGCAAUCACCAUAAAUCAAUGGUUCUACUGCAUUUAAACUUUACCUACCUCAGCGCUUUGUGUUUUGUUAUUUGUAAGGUUAACGAGAGGUCUAACAAGACUCAGAACUUCCUUUGUGAGACAGAGCUGCGUUGAGUUUUCUUUCAUGCGAACGUCUUCUCAAUCAAUUUUAAACAAAGUCUUCAUACAUGGGUCCGAUGUUUAAUUUCUCUUCCCUCUUUCUGAGUUACACCUAUGCCACCCUUUCAUGUUAAAUAUCUCAGGCAGACCUUGGAUUUUCGGGGAAAUCAGACAUAGCCUCAAGAAGACUAACAGUAACCACUCGAAUAGUGGCGACUUACACCUCAAAUGACUAUAUUGUGAGACAAACGAUGAUCCUUGUUAACGCGCCCGAUUGGUUUAAACUUUAAACCCUCACUUCAUAUACCGUAUUUACUCGAAUAAGCACCGCCCUCUAAAAAGCGUCGCAAUUGGGACCAAAAAAAGGGGUCCCGAUGCAAUCAAAAUCAAAAGAUCUUUCUGUUACAGACUGAAAAUGAUAAUACCGGUGAGAAAAAAUUCUUUGUCACGUCCAACUUUCAAAUAAAACCCGCCCUCAAAUAAGCGCCGCAUUUGCGUCAUAAAGAACUAAAAACGCGGUCACGUUAUUGGAGUAAAUACGGUAUUCAGUAUUCUCGUCCUUAAUAGGUUGGAGCAGACGUCUGUGGAUACUUUAGCCAUCCUACCAGUGAAAUGUGCCUUCGAUGGACUCAGCUUGGGGCAUUUUAUCCUUUCUUCAGAAACCACAAUGGAUUUGGAUAUAAGGUAAGGCAAGAUUCACUCUUAGCCCGAGAAAACAGCCAAAAUUUCGCCCCGCUACCACUGGUUUCCACGAAAUGACGUCUGAGAAACGACCCUCUCGUCUGAGUUUCGACGCUCGACACUAGUCACCACCAAGAUCUGGGUAGUGCCAUUAAUUGGAUGAAGCAAAUUUUCAACCAAUCAGAAGCACUGCCCAGAUCUGGGUAAUGGUACGUCAUCAGCUGUAUAGAAUUUCUGCGAAUUUUUCGCGGGGAAACCAGUGGUAGCGGCACGAAAUUAAUGUUGGCUGUUUUCUUAGACUAGAUCAACUCCUUGUAAUUUGUUAUAUAAUUUGCAGCUUUUAAUCGCUUGCCUUAUCGAAAAACUAAAGACGUGGAAACAAUCCUUUCUAGGCACAAGAUCCAACGGCAUUUGGGGAUGAAUUUGUGAGCAAGGCCCGCAAGGUGCUGCUUACACGCUAUUGGCUAAUACCUUUUCUGUACACGCUGUUCUACGAAGCAAAGGUGUAUGGAUCCACAGUAGUAAGAUCUCUGAUGCAUGAGUAAGUGGUCUUACUGCCGUUAUAUUUCCUCUAAUUAACCAAAAAAGAUGUCAUUUUGUAAAAUACCAAAAAAACAUUACGAUGUGAAAAUAUGCCUGCAAAGAGGUUUCAUUUGAAUGGUCACCAGGAUUUUUGUUUUGUCCACAAAUGACGGCAUGGACAGCGGAAACCAAUCCUAAGCGUCUGUUGUACGGAGGUGCCCGGCUUAUAAAGGUGACUGUUAGAAGAGAACUGAGAGUUUUAUGAUUUAAUGAAAUAUAUCUAUCGUUCGUCAGAUUCCCAGAUGAUAAAACUACGUGGGACAUCGACCGACAGUUCCUCUGGGGAUCAAUUUUGCUUAUUUCACCUGUUUUGGAUGAGGUAUAGUUCAUAGUUGUAAUUCAGCUUAAGUUAAUAGUAAUCCCUGCAAAUUUUAUUUGAAAGACGGAGAGGCUAGGUUUCCGACGACGAGAUUUUCUGAAUACGAAGUAGUAUAAGCGCGUGAACCAGCCGUCAUUUUGGCGGGAAAUCUGGGGUAGCCCUCGUCAUUCUACUUCGCUACAGCGAAAGUCCCCUCUGCUAUAUGAGAGUAUGUCGUAGUGGAAGAAGGCUUUUAAAACAUCUGUCAUUAAAAACAACGGUGCUAAUUUUUUUGGGAAAAAGCACAAUAAAGGUUUAAGUCGGUGUAUAUUUUAUCAGAUGCGCGAUAAAACUGUUAAAUCUCGUCCUCGAAUCUAAAGGUGUCUAAUUUAUGUCUUAUUUUAUUUUCUUUACUUGCAUCCGAGUUUCUCUUUUUUAUUGAAAUGUAGGUGAUAAUUUGCCACCCUCUUUUUGUUUAGGGCAAAACCAGCGUGGAGGUAUAUUUUCCAGAAGCUCGUUGGUACGAUUAUUACACAGUAAGUACUUGCAGAAAAGCCGAAAAGUAAAAAAACAUUAGACAAUAUAAACGCAUCCUGUUUUAGUAUUCCUCUUUUUUGUUAAUUAUCUCUUUUAAGUUAUACUGAAAUACUAGUCGUUGGCGUGAUGUUGUGGUCUUGUGGCUCCCUUUUCACAAUGAGAAGACCAUACUGAGGAGAUUAAGCCGGGCGCUGACGAGUUUCUACGGCGUUAUCAUGUAAAUGAUGUUGCUAUUAUGCUGACUAGUUUUUUUUUUUUAAAGAAUGAUUUUCUUAAGAAAAGGAAGGAGGUUUGUAUCAAAACAAGAUCAACCUUAGCCUCACUUUCACUCACAGGCUAGGGUACUAUGCACAUAGUUGUAAAAUGGUCUAUUCUGUUCAAGUCAGGGGAACUGUUUGACGACUUAAGACUGCAGGGAGUGGGAGGAGGAAUGACUGCGUUGGCUUAUCCCAUAAAUUAGUAUCCAUUUCCAACGAAAGACCUCUACAUUCCUAACGGCAGUGUUUCCACAGGGUAAAGAGGUGAGCAGACGUAAAGAAUAUGUGUCAGUGGACGCUCCUCUUGAUCACAUACCUCUUCAUAUACGCGGUGGUUACAUUCUUCCCAUUCAGGAACCCGCCAAUAACACUGUAUUCAGGUAAAUUUUAAAGCCAUGAGCACUGAAACAAACUCAUAAAAGAGUUGAAGCGACACAAGUAACACUUGACGUAAAUACACUGAGGUGAGAAAAGAAUUCUGCAGACCUAAUAGUUAAGAAGCUUUUUUAAUUCCAAAGUAGGCUGUAAAGGGGUGUGUCGAAUUAAAAACUGACUUUCAUUUUUGUUGCAGCCGUAAGAAACCGAUGGGUCUGAUUGUUGCUCUUGGAGAUAAUAAAAAAGCUGAGGGAAAACUCUUCUGGGAUGAUGGAGAGUCCAUUGGUGAGCUGAUACCCCCCCUUUUUUUUCAAGCAGAUCUCUAUAUGUUAAUAAGGGGGCAUAACAAACUAUUAUCAGUUGGCAAGAGCCAUAAUUAUGGCUCUUGCAUUUGGUUAUUGGUAAAGAGCAGCGUAUCAGUGUUCCGUGUCGCUUGCGAUCUCUUGAUCCCGCCCUGUUAAGUAACCAAACAGGACGUGUGUAUGUGGGAUUAUACCAAGAGAAGUCAAACGUUUUUUUCUCUCAUAUCGACCCGUGGUCUAAUGUUCAAAGUAUUCGCCCCCCCUGCUAAAGUCAGACAAAUGGGUGCUGCCAUUUAGCCAUCUUUAUUAAUUACUUUUUCUUUCCUUAGACACCGUGGAAAAUGAGAAAUAUCUGCUCGUCCAGUUUUCCAGUGAUGAGGUGAGGACGGAUUCAAUUACUUGCCACGACUUCUGUCGACAAUUUAUGUCCAAACGCAUGUUAUUUAUUCCCCAUGUCAUUUCUGUCGGUUACUAUUGCGCUGAAAAAUGAUUCCUUUUUUCUGUUAUCUACGAUAAAAUUAAGCUCAGAGAGAAAAUUGAGACAGAGGAAAUCUUAGGGCAUUGGCCUGGUUAUGUGAAUUUGACUUAAGUUAUUUUUAGACUUGUACUUAAACGGAAGUCUAAUUCCUCGGACGUUCGCAGUGUUUGAUCGAUUGUUUGAAAUGUCAUCAAGUGCACGCGCGACUGCCUCAAAGAAAACAGCGCAGAAUAUUGUAAUGGCGACUGUUGAAUUCUCUCUUGAGAUCACUGAAUAAAAGUUUGGGGUCUUUUGCCAAAACCAACUUCCUAUUAACCAACUUCCGAUUAAUUCAAGCGUUUAAUUUUUCCAAAAAUAACUUUGCUGAAAUUCACAUAUCCUAAGAGCUAGACUAAGCGUUUCCCUCUCUCUCCAAUUAAUUAUUUUCUCUUGAUAAAACCAGGAGCCGAUAAAGCACAAUAUUUCGGCUCUUCUAGGUUUCAGAGCUAAUUGUAUUUUACCUACUUAGUUCGAUUGUUUUCGUUUUAGUCUGGACUAAAGUUCUCUGUUGUGAAGAAGGGAUACACAGACUCAAAUCUUCCCAACUUUGGCUUUGUAUCAGUGUAUGGACUUGAUACUGAAGGAAUCGAGUCGCUGAAUAUCGAUGGCAAAGAUAUGAAAACAAAAUCAAGCUUCGAUAAAGACAACAAGGUAAGUGAUAUUCGUCUCUUUUUUAAACCCUUUUAGUCCCAAGAGUGGCCAACAUUAACUUUCUCUUAACAAUAUCAAAACGUCAUCAAGAAAAAAGAUAAGGAGAAUUAAUAAACUGAUCACAGAGGGCAAAAUGCGUUGAUCUUUUAUCCAGUUCUCCCAACUUAUUUCUCCAAGAUCAGUCUGGAAUUUUUAUAUGGAUAUUGGGUCUUUAAGGGUUAACUUUAUCAAAACGCAUUCAUUGGAACACGUUUAAUCACGCCCAGAAUGCAUUGCAAACCAGAGAUCCGUCGCGAAAAAAGAAGUGCUGAAUUAUGCUGCAAACUAAUUUUACAAGAACAAACCAUUUUUAAAUGUUCAAUUGAUGUCGUUAGCAGCGAUUUUUUAAGUUUUCCAUCUUGGUGUUCUUUUUUUUUACAGGGGGACGAUUCAGUGAUUUUUGUUAAGGGGUGGGGAGAGGGGCACACUGUAGAAACAUUAUUUUCCAUCCUUCUAUGCGGUUAUAAAUUAGACCCAUGUUAAGACCCACGCCGCGGCCUUGAUACAUGCUGCACAUCAGUGAUAUUCUAUUCAGGAAGGACCCAGCUUUGAGAUUGCCUUCUCUUAUCUUUAGUGCUUAAAUAACUUUGUCCACGUUUCAUCAAAUUGAUCAAGUCCCAUGGUUGCAAGGCAAUGUCCAGGUGCAACGCAAGUUAUAUUUUUAAGCUACAAGAAGUUGUUUGCGACUUUUCGGGGUUCAGUUCCAUGGCUAUUAGUUAAGAGCUUCAAAGAUUCUCUGGUCUUACGAAUAUAUUACAGGGGUCGUGGCCACCCCUCUUCCUGGAUGCGCCACAGCCUUGGACGUGCAAUGCUUGAAUAGAGUAGAUCUUAGAUCAACGAGUAAAGUGGUUUGAUUUAGUUCUCCCUCAUCGACAGGUUUUAAAAAUUACAGACCUCUCGCUGAGUAUUAACGAAGCACACAGAUUCGAGUGGACCCUUGCUUCACCGAAGGGGACUGGAAGCAAACUACAAACACUGGCCGUUGCAUCGCUCUUAAUACCUCUAAUUGUUGGUUUCGCUUUCAUGAAAGAAUGAGUUGUGUGAAGGAUCAUAACACGUGGGAUUUGGAAAGAAUACCGCAUCGCUCUAUUCUUAAGGUUUAUCAAACUAAAGACUGUGAGAUAUGUGCCACUAAAAUCGGAUGUUAUGUUUUUAAUAUUAGGGGUGAUAAAUUAAUCGUUGUUUUUGGCGCGAGUUCACAAUGCAUAAUUUUACAAUGAUGUGAAAUUAGAAAAUUUCCAUGGCAACGUUCCGUAUCAUUUAAUUGACAUCAUGGCCUCAAGGUUACGUUGCGAAUGAAAAUGUCAGGGCAAUAAACGACGUUGUAGACAACGUAAACACACGAAAAAGGAAAAUUUGUCACAGCAAGAAAGAUUCUCACGAGUAUUCUGUCGAAAAAUUCAGAAAAUCGAUUGUGAAUUUUAAAAUAUAGUUUAAAUUUGUGGAGUUCUCAAUAUAAUAAACAAGUCUAAUCUCAUGAUUGGGAGCGUAAUUUGUCACCCAGGAUAUUUAAUAAUAAGUAAUAAAGUGGUGAUUCUCACUCGUCGUUUUG